AUGGAUAAUGCCAUUCUACACGAUAAUUAUAAUCUAUCGUUGAAAAGACUUGAAUCUACUUGUAGAAAUUUAGACAAAAGAGGACUUCGAGAUAAAUAUGAUGAAGUUUUUGACGAAUGGAUUCAAGAAGGGAUAAUCGAAGAACUAUCAAAUUCUGAGAUAGACAUGCCAGCGCAUUACCUACCUCAUCGCCCGGUUAUUAAAGAAAAAGAUGCAAGUCAAGUUGCUUAUGCCGCUUGUGUCUUCAUUAGAUGUGAAUAUUCAGGAAGAGGAGUCAGUGUUCAGCUUCUGCAAGCAAAGGCUAGAAUAACUCCCUUGAAGCCUAUCACUAUUCCUCGACUUGAGCUCAUGGCCGCAACCAUAGGAGCAAGACUUUAUGUAUCUUUAAAGGAAUCUCUGAACUUAGAGCAG